AUGGCCUCAUCACCACUUGGCAGGCCGCAGACGCCCCCCAACCGCGGCAAAGAAAUCGCCGCCUCCGACGACGAGGGCAGCGACAGCGGCUUCUCCGACAACUCGCUCGAGGACCUCUCCACGCUCCUCGGCGGGCCGCGUCCCCGCGCCGCGCCGCGCCAUGCCGACCAGCUCCUCGCCACGCCGCAGGCCAAACGCGCCGCCCACACCACCACGCUGCACAGGUCGCCGCUCACCAUCAUCCCCAAGCACCGCUUCGACCUCAAGGCGCUCGCCAAGGAUGCGCGCCGCGACACGGCCCUGCAGGCGAGCUCGCUCCGCGCGCAAGAGGCUGUGAGGGAGAGGACCGCGCCAUCCACGCCAGGCACGGGCGGCGCCCUCCCGGCCUCGCAAAGCGUGCUCUCCGACAUUGUUAGCAGCGAAAGGGGCAGAGAUGCGCAAAAGGUGCUGAGGGCGGUCCAGAGGGCGGACCCGGGCCACCAGGAGCUGCGGUACUGUUUCUUCCAGGCAGACUUUGAUGCGCCGGCCGCGACGAAACCGCCGCCGGAGGCGAUGCAGAGUCCGUGGAGCCUGCUGACCAAGGGGAACCAGCGGGUGCGCGAGCAGAACCUCAUAUCCGGCGUUCCGUUCAAUGUGGUCGGGAGCCAGGGAGGCAUGCCGGAGCCUAUAUUUCUUUGGGUCCUGGAGGAGAUUUGCGUGGCCAAGUCGACGGUGGCUCGCACAGAGCUGUGCAAUCUUAUUCUCAUUUGCCCCGAUCAAAUAGCCUCGCUGUUUACACCAAAUCUUUUGAAAUCAAUCUGGGUACGACUAGGAGUCGACGAUGUGUCUCUGGAGCGUGGUAAAAUCAGCGUCUCCAAGGACAUAUCGCCGGCGUUGCCACUGGAAACCAGAAGAUAUUUGCUGCAAUCAUUACUCCGAAUGGCCAUGGACCGGCUCAUCAUUGCCAAUGUCGAUAUCGAUAGCCAGUUCGAAGACACCUUCAAAGCCAUCAUCAAGACCAUCCCACCCGAAGAAUGGGACUCGUUUUGCCAUGACACAUGCGCCCUGCUGCAAAGCAACUUCUCCUCCCAAUGCAUCCGCAUCAACGCCCUCCUCUGCCUCCCCACCAGCCCACCCCGCGCCCACGACCUCCGCCGGCGCCUCGCCGUCACCUUUCUCUUCCACGACGCCUCCCUCGCGCGCCGCGCCCCCGAAGAGGUCGUCACGCUGCCGACCAUCAUUGACCGCCUCGCGCAGCCCGAGUUCCAGGUCGGCCCGGCCACCGAGUUCGCCGAGCUGCGCGCCGCCAUCCUCAUCCUCGACAUGGCCGUCGACGACGGCUCCGUCAUCGCCUUUGCCCCCGACGACGACACCGACGCCGAGGACGAGUUCAACGCGGAUGUCGACGAGCUCGCCGCCCGGCUCAACGAGAUCUGGCGCCGCACAAACGACACGGGCAUGAAGCUCGCGCGCACCGAGGCCAAGUCGGUCGUCGAGUGGGUGCAGAAGCGCGUCACGCACACGGUCCGCACGCGCCGCAAGCGUGCCAAGAGCAUCUUUGACGUGCCCGGCCAGGAGAAGAAGCAGAAAAAGGACCUGCCCAGACAGCAGGAGUUCAUGAAGAGCUUCUUCCGAAAAAAAGCUCCCUCUCCGAAGCUCGCACCGAAACAGGAACCAGAGCCAAAGCGAGAGCCGGAACCAGAGCCAGAACAUGAGCCAGAACCUAAGCCGGAGCUAGAGGAAAUUGUUCUGGAUUCCAUCGUAGUCAGAGGUGGAUAG